CUGGAUAGUUCACAAUGCACUGCAGCCGACUCCAGGGUUUUUUAUUAAAGAUGAUUCUAUACUUGGUAACCUUUUACCACACGCUGCCCUUCUUUGCAAGUGUCUCCAUGUCAUUGCUGCAUAGCUAUUUUUCCUCGUCGGUCUCUUUCAAUUUGGAUACCAUUUACUUAAACUGGAACUCCACUUUUCCGGCCAUUACUGUAUGCGAGAUAUAUAACGCAGAAAGGAUUUGGGAUCUGAGUGACUCACAUUUUGGCGUGGAGCAUGACAUGCACGUCGAUGAUUUCAUCUCAGAAAUCGUAUUUUACCGUGGUGUUUGCAGCAGCUGCGAGGAUUGCUCCAGGCUUAAAUGUCCUGCCAAUUUUACCCUGCUAGUGGAUGUGUUCCGCACCAAAUGCCACCAGUUGCUGGAUAACUGCACCUACCUAAACGAACUAUUCGACUGCUGUGAUCAGUUUCUGCCAUUGCCCACGGAAUACGGUUUGUGUUACUCCUUCAACUCGCACCAGGCCCGCAAGGUGUCCCACGUGCAGUUCACCAAUAACAGGAUGACGGGACCGGGCCGUCUCAAUUUCCAUGCCGCCGCCGACAUUCAGUUGUACGUGCAUGCCCCGAUUGAUGUGCCCUAUCAGUUUUCGGAGGGCAUGAUCCGGGAAACGGUGUUGCUAGGCCACUACAAGGAGCUGAUCCUCAACGUAAUCGAGGUGCACAACGACGAGAGUGUCCACGACCUGAGUUUGGAUCAGCGGCGAUGUCGCUAUGGCCACGAGCACGUCGAGGAACGGCAGGGCAUCUACGAGUUCUACAGCUACUCCGGAUGCGUGGUUGAGUGCACAGUUCUGCUUCAGCUGGAAAACUGCAACUGCACCAGCCAUUUCAUGGCCCUUCCCGGCCAGAAUACCCUGCCCGCCUGCGACUACCGCGGUCUCAUCUGCCUCACUCGCAUUCGCGACAAGAUCAUGUCGGAGCGUAAGUCCUGCGAGUGCAUGAGCUCCUGCGAGGAGCCGGAGUACAACAUCAUCUACAACUCGGAGGAUGAGGAUGAUGAGGGCUCGGAUGAUGUUUCGAAAAUAGAAGUGGCUCUGGUUGAACUUCCAACUCAACGCUACGUUCGUCGGGUCACAAAAACAAUUUUGGAUUUCUUAAUUUCCCUCGGAGGUCUAGUUGGCCUGUUCUUCAACACAUCCGCUUUGCGAAUAGUGGAGGCUAUCGUUAUCUGUUUGCGAUAUAGAAAAACCAUGGUGAAUUGGGUUAAACGUAUUUGGAUUGGCACGGUGAAAUAUUUACAGAUCUUAGACCAGUCGAAUUAA